CUUUUCCAAAAAAAAAAGAAGCCCCUCCUAUCCAUCCCUAUCCCUACCCCUACGAGUAUCCAAGUCCAACCAGCAAGAGGGGAGGCGCUGCACGCAGGUCACGCGGCGAUGGACAUAUGCGAUGUUUGAGCAGGCGGUGGCAGAUUUCUGCUGGCAUGCGAGGGAAGUAGUGUCGUCAGGGAUGGGGCUCUGGGGUUGGCCGUGGGGGCGACGUGGGCCGUCGGGCUUCGGCUCCGCGUCCACCGCCGAGGAGGUCACCGCCGGCGUCGACGCAAGCAACAUCACUGCCAUCGUCACAGGAGCGACGAAUGGCAUUGGAAAGGAGACAGCCAGAGUUCUAGCACUGAGGGGAGCCAAGGUAAUCAUACCAGCUAGGACACUGGAGAGUGGCCUCAAGUUGAAGGAGAGCCUCGCAGAUGAGGUCCCAAGCUCCAAGGUACACGUUAUGGAGAUGGACCUGAGCUGUCUCAGCUCCGUCCGCGACUUCGCACGGUCCUUCAAUUCAUCCCACAAGCAUCUGAACCUCCUCAUAAACAAUGCAGGGAUCAUGGCCUGCCCUUACCAGCUGUCCAAGGAUGGAAUUGAGCUGCAAUUCGCAACGAAUCAUGUUGGCCAUUUCUUGCUGACAAGUCUCCUGCUAGACAAGAUGAAAUCAACUGCUGCAGAGACAGGUGUGCAGGGAAGGAUCAUAAACGUAUCAUCGGUCGCGCAUAAAAGAAGUGAUGGUACAUGCUUUGAGCUGAACAAGCUAAACGAUAAGGCUAGGUACAAACCGUUCAUUGCAUACGCGCAUUCGAAGUUAGCCAAUAUUCUCCACACAAAUGAGUUGUCCAGGCGUUUUCAGGAAGAAGGAUGCAACCUGACAGCGAAUUCCCUGCAUCCUGGAGUGAUCAUCACCAAUAUCAUUCGCUAUGUUGCUGGAAACAGUGCGCUGAUUUCGGCUCUCUCCCCUGUAGCAAAUCUUGUUCUGAAGAGCGUGCCCCGGGGGGCUGCAACUACUUGUUACUUGGCAUUGCACCCUAAUGUCAAAGGUGUAUCUGGUAAAUACUUCGCUGAUUGCAAUGAAGCAACACCGACUGCUGUCGCGAGAGACUCAGAGCUGGCGAAGAGGCUAUGGUCGUUCAGCGAAGAACUUGUCAAGAUCUAUGCUGAUAUGUCACAGACGACACAGGCAAGCGAAGAGGAGGAAACCACGGUUACGAAAGACGUUUUCCAAGACAAGUAGCGUAAUAUAUGUUGCUGCGUUUUCUACUUUUUGUACAUGUCCUCUGGGCCCGAAUGGCCAGUGACUGUAAUAGCACCUAAGUGCCCGAGACUGGUAAGGGGUAUUCAGACAAUCAAUCAAGAAACCACGGUGCGGCUGAGGCCUGAGGCAGUCCUCUCCGUCGUUCAC